AUGUCAAUCGAACCAUCUUCACACCGUAAAAUUAACGGUGAAGUCACGAUUGCCAAUGACUUUCAAAAAGCAAAGCCAACGCCAAUCAUACAAUCGGAAUCGGUUAGGAAACCAACACAGAAGUCAGAAUCUCGUCGUCGCAAUGCCAAUCGUAACGCCUCUGAUGAGCCGAAUCCUUUUGGCAUAGAUUUUAGCGAAAGGAUAGCGCAGCUUAGAUCAGAAUUGGAUUUGAAACACCGAGAAGAGGCCCGUCUGAUCAAGGAGAUCAACGACAAGAUGAGCCAAACAAACUCAGGAAGUGUCGACUUGAACAGAGCUUUCGGGUUGGCUGUUUCCCGUUUGAACAACGCUCUUCUUCUGGUUGAAACCGACACAAAACAACUUGCCAACACAUUGAAAGUCAAUUCAAAAUUGGCUGACAGCAUCAGUUCAAAGGUUUCUUCUUUGGAUGAAGCAAAAACUAGAGUCGUUGAGUGCCUUCAACUAGCAGGUGAUAUGCGUGAUUUGGGCGUUUCAAGUGAACAAGUCGAUGCGGCAAUCAGUGGAGAAGAUUUUGAACAAGCUGCACACCAUAUUCAUAGGUUUCUUACGCUUGACAAAGCCGUGUUUCAGCUACGUGAUUCGUCUGAUAAAGAAGCUGGCCAGUCAAUUAAACAGAGCUACGAUAUUUUGACCACGGCAACAGCUCGUCUAAAAGAAGUGAUCACUCGGAGGCUAAACGAUGCAGUGGAAAGAAAUGAUGACGUGCAAAUUAAACGAUUUGUUCGCCUUUUCCCACUCAUCAACGAGCAUUUCACUGGUCUAGAAAUCUUUGGACAUUAUGUAUCAAAGCAAAUUGCGAAACUGGGAGAUGAGAGCAUUAAGGUCAUGAAAGCUGGAGGAACGAGUGAUCGUUUGGAUGUUCUUUAUUCAGAUACGCUGAUUCGAUUCUUUGAUGGCGUUGCUUUGAUCAUUGAGACAAGUGAUAAGAUUAUUGCUAAUGGAUAUGGACCCGAGAGGUAUUUGGAGUACAUCAAAAUCUUGCAGAAUGAGAUUGACAAAACUGCUCAAAAUGUUGUGAAGGAUUUCAUCAAAAGUCGGCAAUGGGAUAGAAUUGCAAAAACAGUGGAGAAAUAUUUACGCGAUCCCGCUCGCGCUACAGAAAAGCCGGAUGCGCCAACACUUGACAAAUUGUUGAAUGAAGUCGUUUUGAUGCAAUCAUUUACGAAGAAGUUCUCCCGUUUCCUUGAGCGCCAAUUCAACUACAUUGAAAAUAUUCAGAAAGAACUAACAGAUGAUUCUGGAGAUACAAACUCAAAGAAAGCGGAAGCGGAGAGCAUCCAAAUUGAGAAACGAAAACAGAAACUAGCGAAGUUGCUAAAUGAAAGUUAUCUUGGAUCCAGCAUGCAGGAUAUCACCAGCAAGUACAUUCAACUUGAGCACUUUUACAUGUUGGAAACGAUCAACAAGGCUAUUAAUAUGGAUCAUAAAGAAGAUGAGCAAAUGAAUAGUUCUGUGAUUGAUGAUGUGCUUUUUCUUUGUCGCCGCUCGAUUCGUCGUUCUCUUAGUAGCAAUUACGUGGAUGGAACUUGUGCCGUGAUCAAUAAUGCGUCCAUGUUGCUGGAGACGACAUUUUACGAGUACAUCUCUGAAACAAUAAAGUCUGGUUAUCCAUCAGUCGGCUACGUGGCAGAGGCCUUCCAAACGGCCCAAACUGCCUACAAUGUGUUGCAACACGGAAAAUCAACACAAGAGGCCGGACCUGAUGCUCAACGUGAACAAUUCAUCUUGGCUGUCAACAAUGCCCGUGCUACCUCCGAGCUAAUCACCGAACUCAAGGAUGGACUCAUACCUGAAGCAUCAAAAUUAUUUAAAGAUCCAGUGGCGGCAUCAAAAUUUGAGCACUCAGUUUCACAAUUUGUGGAAAUCUCGCACAAAAUGUCGAAUCUCGCCGAUGCCGGUAUAAGCUCGUUGUGUGUGGCGGCGUUUUGUCCAAGAAUCAAAACAAGUUGUGAUCAGUACAUUGAUUUGAACCAUGUGUUGAAUGAUGACCAACUCUCUGCGUAUGAGAUGAAUCCCUGGGUUGAUGGAGGUAUUGCGGCAAUUGACAAAGUGCUAGCUCCGUUCCAAGCCUCACUUCAUCCGCUAAAUUAUAAGGCCUUAUUGAUUUCUUCUUGUGGUGAAUUUUGCAAACAGUUCGAACGUGUCAUUUUGAAGUGUUCUUUCAAUCGACUUGGUGGCCUAUUGUUGGACAAAGAAUUUCGGCAAAUUACAAGUUAUUUCUCGGCGAUUGGUGGCUGGCCGGCUAGGGAGAAAUGUACAAGAUUGGCUCAGAUUGUGGCUUUGUUCAAUGUGGAUAGUGUCGAAGAAGCGUGCGAGCUUUGGAGACAAGCGCCGGCAGCUUUUGUGAGCGAAAGGGAAAUACAGAACAUUCUCACGCGACGUGUCGAUUUGCCCACUCAGAAUGUCCAACAAGUGAUGAAAUCUCUUUUG